UGUAAAAUCAGACAGUUGACUUCUCUGUUAAUUUCAACGGACCUUGACACAAUGGCAAACGUCGAUGGAUACAGUGAGACAGUAACUGUCACCAUGGAAAUUCGGGAGAUUUGUGAUAAGGUGAGGUCCCAAGUGGAGGGAAGAACAGGAAAGAAGUAUGUGAAAUUCAUAGCAAAUGCAUACAGGAGGCUAGAUAGUGGGGAUGGAAUAAGCUACCUUAUCAAGGUUCAUGUUGCAGAAACGGACUACAUUCAUGUGGAAGUCUUACAAGAUCUCGAAGAAAAGGUUUCUCUGAUUAAUGUAAAGGAGCAUCAAACCAAACACAGCCCCCUCUCACCUUUUUAGAAACUGAUCCCAGAACCAGUCUCAACAGAAAAAUACUUAACGGCUGCAGUCUCUUGUUAAAAUCUUUUUAGGCUUUUUAAUUCUGAAAUGAUUUAACAUUGAUUUUGAAUGUAUUAACGCAUAGAGAUGAAGAUAUUUGGUUGAAUGUACUAAGAUUAAAGCUUUAAAAUGAUUUAUAUUUAUUUUACAGAAUUGAUUUUCCUGUUUGCUAACAAUGUCCUUUAACCCCAAAUAAAUAUUCUGCCAUAAGAC